CAUUGAAACCGACAUGUCAGACAACGAUGUCGUCGCUAGGACGUACAAAAUCGUCGUCAUCGGUGAGCAGAACGCCGGAAAAACGUCGAUCAUCCGCAGAUUCACCGAAAACGAGUUCAUACCGUCGCAUUCGAACGUCGCAACCGUCGGUGUCGAUUUCAAGCGCAAAAUCGUGGAGAUCGACGGUCUGCGAAUUAUGCUGCAUUUAUGGGAUACGGCCGGACAGGAGAGGUUUCAUACGAUCACGAGGUUGCAUUUUCGCGGCGCGUUGGGUAUCAUCAUGGUGUUCGACAUCACCAACAUGGAAUCGUUUCAUCAGCUUGAGUAUUGGGUGCAGAGGAUACGAGACGAACCGAUGAAUAAGGAGACUCUUGUGGUGCUUGGAAACAAGUGUGAUUUGUCGGCAAGUAGAAAAGUGUCUGCGUCGAAGGCACAAGCUUUUGUCAAGAACAUGGGGAUUCGAUACUAUGAGACGAGUGCAUUAACGGAUGUUAAUAUAACUGAGGCGAUUGUACAGUUAGCAAAAGAUAUUAAGGAUGUUCACGGACCACAUGUCUAUCUGCCAUCGUGGAAAAAGUCUGAACUAUGGAGCGAUGAGGACACACAAACAAAUGGCACUGACCACAUCGACCUAUCUGCCCCUCCACCGGACAAACCGAACAAAAGCUGUGGCUGCAGUGGUGCAAUCCCAACGAGGCGAUGGUCCACUAUGUCGUAAUGAUUUUAUUGAUUUUUAUGGGCAUAUUUUCAAUUGGCAUGAAAUAUGAGAAUUUAUAAGUGAAAUGAAGAGUGAAUGUAAUUUUAUUGUUAGAAGGUUGACAUAGGAGGUUGUGGUUGGUUGUUUUUAUGGAUGUUGGGUUUUUGGUUGAUUUGUAAGAGAAUUUGGAUGCUACUGCA